GAGGGGAGACGGACAGAGGGAGGAUGGGGAGAAUUCUCAGAAGGCCAAGAGGCAUCAUCGUGCUCUCCCUCUCUCCCCAUUCAAGCCGAGCCCUCCCAAUCCAGCGCCGCAACAGCAACGCUAGGGCGCUCGGGCUCGGCGCCAGCCGCGUCUCUCCUCGCCCGCCCGGCCGCGGACGCUCGCGGUUCCAGCUUCCAAUGCUGGAAAGAUCGUAGGAUUUUGGACAAGUGAGAGCUGACAUGGAACCAACCUCUCAGCCUCAGCCCGCAAUUGGUGUUGUUGCCUAUCCGCCUGCAGCAACAAUAAUCAGUCCUUCUGCAGUCGCAGCUGCUGGUUUACAACCAGGGCAAGCAUUUGCAGCCAACCCUGCUCAAAUGAGUGCUCAGCACCAGGUUGUAUACCAGCAAGCCCAGCAAUUCCACCUACAGCUCCAGCAGCAGCAGCAGCGUCAGCUCCAGCAAUUCUGGGCUGAACGCCUGGCUGAUAUUGAGCAAACCACUGACUUCAAGAACCACACCUUGCCACUUGCAAGGAUAAAGAAGAUCAUGAAGGCCGAUGAGGAUGUCCGAAUGAUCUCUGCAGAAGCUCCAGUGGUCUUUGCGAAAGCUUGCGAGAUAUUUAUACUUGAGCUGACACUGAGGUCGUGGAUGCACACUGAGGAGAACAAGCGCCGGACCUUGCAGAAGAAUGACAUUGCAGCAGCCAUCACCAGGACUGACAUUUACGACUUCUUGGUCGACAUUGUUCCCAGGGAUGAGAUGAAGGAGGAGGGGGUUGGUCUUCCUAGGGCUGGGCUUCCACCCAUGGGAGCCCCAGCUGACGCACAUCCGUACUACUACAUGCCACAGCAGCAGGUGCCAGGUGGAGGAAUGGUGUAUGGCACCCAGCAGGGUCACCCGGUGACGUAUUUGUGGCAGGAGCCUCAGGAACAACAGGAGCCGCCUCCUGAAGAGCAGCAACCUCUGCCAGGAAGUGGCUGAGAAGGUUGCCCAGAAGCUAUCACCUGAUUCAUGUUUAGGUCCUCGAAACAUCAGGUUUUCGUUUAGCUAAUAUCGCCGCUUAUCAAAUUGAAACAGGUGAUUCUAAGUAGCGUUCGGCAUCAUGGUAGUUUCAUUCCUGCUGUGGCGUCGCCGCGUCGGUAGAAAGGAUAAUGACUAGAGACUAGAGGAUUAAAGUUACCAUACCAUUUCCUUCCAUUCCAAAAGUUUGCCCCCAUGAGGCCUUUGAUAUGAAAUGCUGGGUGUUAAUGCUUGAAUGCUGUGGUUGUGCCAUGUAGUUCAUUCUGAUCUCUUCGAUUUCUUUAA